AUGAAUGAAUAAGAAUGUAAAUCAUAUUAUCUAUUUUAAAACUAGUUAUGAAACAAACAGCAUAAAUAUUUUGUUAAGAUCCUAAAAUUAGAUAAUCUCAAUGUAUUGAUCAACGAAUGUAACUUUAUGAUGAAAUGUAAAACAAAUUAAUAAUAAUAAUAAUUCAGAUUGUGUAAAACUCUUGGAAAAGUCUAUCCAGUAAAGGAUUAAACUUUUAAUUAAGAUUGCCAGUUAGAAAAGUUGCCCUAAUAAAAUACAUUACUUGAUUCCUUUAUUAAAAAUCUACUUAUGAGUGAUAAAGGGUAAAAAUAAAUUAUGAUUAAUCUUAUUAGAGCUAUUUUUUGUUACAAUUAAUAUCAAUAAAAUAGAUUACCUCAACCUAAAAUUCAAUAGAAUCAAAAUUAAUAACGAUCUCUAAGAUAACAUCCUAAUUACUAGCAAUAUCAAUAAUAAGAACGUUACAAUAAUAAUGAUUUUCAAAUACCAUCUUAACAAAGACAUGUAAUGAUAGAACGUUAAAAUCAUCAAAGUUAUCAAGGAUUUCCUUAACCUUUUAAUAAUUCUUAAUUGUAUCAUUCCAGAAACUUCAAUUAAUAAAAUGAUCAUGAUAAUAUAUAUACUUUUGAUAUCAUUGAAGAAUCAAAACGUAGAAGAAUUCAAUAAAUUCAAAACUAUAGAUAUAAAUGA